AUUCAGUGGACUCUUUUCAUCUUCUUAUUAGUAGAUGGCCACAAUAGUUGUAUUUUUUCCACACUAAAAAGUUUUUAUAAGAGAAAGAAAAUAAAAGGAAAAAAAACUGCAAAUUAAAAAGGAGGAAAUUGGUAGUUACUGUACAUUUGUACUGUAGUUGACCAGCUGUCACUCAGCGGAGUAAAAUUGUGAGCACCGAAAAGGUAGAGAAAAAAGGAAGAAAAGAAUUAGAAAGCACUUUCUUGAAAGUUGAAAAAACACCCAAAAACGCUAACUACUAUACUAUACUACUCUUUCCACCCCCUUUUUCAAUUUUAUUUUUUUUUUUGCUUCCAUAGAUAUAGGUGAUUUGUAAAGUGAUUGGAGAACGAUCAGUUUCAAUUUCACAUCAUCAUGGGUUGUGCUGGAUCGCGUGCUAAGAAAGAAGAAACUGCUAAGAAGAUACGGAAACCAAAGCCUUGGAAGCACACGGAGCCGAUAACAAGGGAGCAACUUGUCAGGAUGCGUGAUGAGUUUUGGGAUACUGCUCCUCACUAUGGUGGUCGAAAAGAAAUCUGGGAUGCAUUACGAGUUGCAGCUGAGGCAGAUCUAGCCCUGGCACAAGCCAUCGUUGACAGUGCUGGCAUUAUUGUUCAAAACCCGGACAUGACAGUUUGCUAUGAUGAGAGAGGUGCAAAAUAUGAGCUGCCCAAGUAUGUAUUGAGUGAGCCAACCAAUUUGAUCGCGGAGAGCUAACAAGGGAAUCUAAAAGUCAUUGAUAUUGUGAGCCUGUGUAAAUGGUGUAAAUUUACUGCAUUCUCAUCCCAGGCUGAAAUCAGUCUGAAAGUAAAUCCUGCUUGCUAAGCUAGAGGCCCUUUUGAACACUGCUUCGAUCCUAAUGCAAAUCAAAUUCUUCCCAACACAAAUGCCUUGGUGUAUAUUUGUGGGUUAUAUUUGAAAUGUCUUGAGUGAAAAAAAUUUCUUUUUGCAAAUGCGCAUUCCUCUUGAUUUUCCAAUAUAGGCUAAUGGAUGAAAUUAAUCAAAAUUUCCUUCAUUGUUUUUGUUUCAACUUCCCAAAUAAGGGAGGAAUUAGGGGCCUUCUGAAAAGCUAACUGCUUGUUUGAGGUGAUAACUGCAAGAGCUUGAGGAGUGAUUCCUGACAUCACCGAGG